AUGUUCGGUUCCGGAUCUACUACCACGGCUAGUGCGAUAACCGUGGUGAUUAUGGUCGCGGCAUGUUUUCCCCACAUGCAGACAUGGGUGCAGGAGGAACUAGAUGCUGUUGUUGGUCCACCAACAUUUGAUGGCUAUGUUGACUUGCCUCGAGUCUUACUGGAGAGCUACCGGUGGAGGCCUGUCGGUGGGAACGGCUUUGCUCAUCGUGCAUCUAGGGAUAUCAUUUGGCGAAAGUACUGCAUACCAAAGGACGCCAUCGUUAUCGGAGACCACUGGUUCAUAUGCCGAGAUCCCUCGGUCUUUGUGAAUCCAGAAGUUUUCGACCCUACUCGCUGGUUCGACGAGAAUGGAUCUCUCAGGUCCGAUGCGUCGUUGUUCAAUUUCGGCUUUGGCAGACGAAUAUGUCCUGAGAGAUACGUAGCUGAUUGCUCACUUUUUAUAGCGAGAGCCCUGCUCGUUCAGGAUAUUGGAGGAUGAGAAAGCACCCAUUGACGUGAGGAUUUGGGGGAGAAGGGAUUAGUAUUACGCCUGAUACGUUCCA